UUACACCCCGCCGCGGGAAUUCAUUUCCAGAUCGUAUCGCGGUAGCAGUCGCACUUCUCAAAAAUAUAACACUCUGCGGAGCACCUGUCUCAGGAAAUAAUCCAGCCUCAACCUCGAUCCCGACCUUAAUGCAAUUCCAACCAUGACCACAACCAACGGCGUAAGCCCCGCCGGCGGCGGUUUUAUGCAAUCGUCAGCUCUAUCUCCAGCCCCCUCAGCGUCAACCGUUACGCCGUCGGUCCUUCCAAAACAAAGAACGCAUCCAAUUCGGCCGGGAUCUAUAAAAGAAGCUACGGUAAUCAACUAUGUUGACAAGACGAUACUGGCGAUUAAUCGGCGGCACGCGAAGAAGUUCAGUAGUGUUUUGGAACAGCAACCGACACAACUGAAUGGUAUCGACACAAAUACUAAGUCUGCCUCGAAUAGGGAGAGAGAGGUAGGAGGAGAGAAAGAACGCGGGUACGAGAGUUUCAAGGAAGUCGUGAAGGAUAUUGAGAGCGUUGUGGAUGUGCUCUGGGUUAGUGGGACUCAUUAUCCCUUCUCUAAAAAAGCGACCUUCCGUCUGCUCCGCAAACUAGACUCGUUCUUUGCGUCGCUAAUACUAGGUGAAGACGCCGAGACGGGCCAGCUGCUUUCAGGGUUCGAAGGUAGGCGAAAUGUCGUUUCGAUGACGGAGAAGGUGAGAAUCAAGAGUAUUGCCGAAACAGCGAGGGUGCUUGUUGUUGAGAAGGGGGAUAGUAGUGAUCCGGGUGCAGGUGGAAAUGAUGACUCUGAGGAUAUUGACGAUGUCGAGGACGAGGACGAGGUAGAUUUGGACUUUGGAUUGGAAGCGGACAGGCCAGAGAAGUGGGAGAUGGAGACAGCGAGAGUUUAUGAGAAGACAAUCCAGUUGUUGGGUGAUGAAUUGGGUACAGAGGUCGAGUUUUGUGACGAGGAUAUGGCGCGUGGUGAAGAAGAGAAUAGCAUGUCUGCGAGUCCAUGAUUCAGUGUUUUCAUGGGCGAGAAUAUAUAAGUCACUCUAUACUUGGGGUAAAGACAACAAUCUAACAGGAUAAGUUGUUAUGCG